AUGAGCGGCGGCGGCCUAGCGCUGGUGUCUGAGCGCCUCGGCGGCCUCCGCUUGGAGCGCGUCGGCAGCUCGUCCGGCCCGCUGUCGCCGCCGCGCGUCAUCGCCGGCGGCGGCGACGCGUGGGCGAACGACGUGAUGGAUGGUCACCACCUGCCGCCCGAGGAGGAGAUGACGGCGGACAUCUUCCUGCUGGAGGGGGUGUCGUGA